GCCCCGCCCCCGAGUCCACACCAAGCCUGUCCUCGCUGCAGUCCAGGCGAACACCCCCGGCCGUGGAAUAAUGAAUCCGAUAGCGGGCGGCUUCACGGAAGAGGAAUUCCUGGAAGCUUGCGCCGAGCUCCAGGAGCCGGCGCUGGCCGGGGCCGACUGGCAGCUGCUGGUGGAGACCUUGGGAAUCAGCAUCUACCGGCUGUUGGACCAGCAGAGUGGACUUUACAAGUAUAAGGUCUUUGGUGUUUUGGAGGAUUGUGCACCAGCUCUGUUUGCAGAUGUCUACAUGGACUUAGACUACAGAAAGCAGUGGGACCAGUAUGUUAAAGAACUCUAUGAGAAUGACUGCAGUGGAGAGACCGUGGUCUACUGGGAGGUGAAGUACCCUUUCCCCAUGUCCAACAGAGAUUACGUGUACAUCCGGCAGCGGCGAGAACUGGACGUGGAAGGGCGGAAGAUCCACGUGAUCCUGGCCCAGAGCACCUGUGUGUCUCAGCUUGCUGAAAGGCCGGGUGUGAUCCGCGUGAAGCAGUAUAAGCAAAGCCUGGCGAUUGAGAGUGACGGCAAGAAGGGGAGCAAAGUUUUCAUGUAUUACUUCGAUAACCCGGGUGGCCAAAUUCCGUCCUGGCUCAUUAACUGGGCGGCCAAGAAUGGAGUUCCUAACUUCCUGAAAGACCUUGCCAAAGCCUGUCAGAACUACCUCAAGAAAACCUAAGAAAGAGAAUUGCGACUGAAUGCCCAUGGAAAUGACGUCUCUGGAAGUGCCACACCCCACGGAUGCUCAAUGUUCUUUUAUGUUUCCAUCUUCCGAGGCUUGCACACCCCGCAGUGCCUCGUCCCACCAUGUGUGUGUCUGACAUCUGGCUUGCCCACUAGGCUUCCUUUCCCAUUGUCACCCAGCAUUCCUACCCCUACCCUCCACCCAACUGGCCGGUUGGUUGGCUGGCUGGCUGGCUGGCUGCCUGCCUUAGUCCACAAUUGAAUAUGGGACAGAUUAGGGAGACCUUUGCUUGCUUAUUUUUAAGAAGGGAAGUCCUCAGUAGAGAAUACAGUCAUUCCAUUGUGUCAUUUUAGGGGAGUGAGUGGGUAGAGGCACAACAACAGAAUCUAAGAAUGACCAUGUCCAGCAAGCUGGCUCCUUCCCAGAAUGGGAUUUCUUCCAGCCUAGGAGGAGUUCUGGAAGCUGUAGUUCCUUUCCAUGCUUGUGCCCCUACUGGGAGGUCCAUGCAGAGGCUAUUUCAUCUGUGGCAUUGUUGGGCUGAUGAAGUGUGAAGUGAGCAGCCCAUAAGGCUUUCCUUGUUCUUGCUUGUAGGGGAUUCAUAGCUCUUGGGCUAUCAAUCUGCCUGAGAAGCAACACCGCUUGACUGAAUACGCGAUGCGUUAACCAUAUUCUCUUCAUCAUCCUUGACUGGGUUUUUCUCUUUACCCUCUUCUCUUGGGCAAAAACCGCCCACAUCUCUGUAGGCUGCAUUUUGUUGGAAACUGAGGCAUCCAGAUGGCUCUGGCUGCUGGCAAAAAGCAAAGCUGCCUGGUGUGUACCCUCAUGAUAGAGCGUCUUUCUUUGCAAUAAGAAAUUCCCUUCUAGGAGGUUGGGGAUGUUGAAGGGGUAAUAGCUCAUAGCCAGGAAAUAUUUAAUUAGUGACUUAAGUGAUUCUAUGCCUUUUUCCCCCCUCAGGAAUUCUUUUGUGUCUGCCUUUUCCACCACUUAAAUGACUACCAAUUACUUGUGUGUCCUCUUGAAUUUUGGUAGUGUGUGAUAUUUGGUGGCCAAAGGCACAUUCUUGCUGAUCUCAGGGAAUAAAUCUUAAUCAUUUUAUGAUGAUACUGAACUUUGAAUGACACAUGUAGAAGUUCAAGAUGCAAAGUCAGAGGAAAAGAUUUGAUGAAAUUAGGGACCUCAACCUGUGUUUUAUCUGUAGAAAGAAAAACAUAUCCCAUGAUGAAUAAAUGAAUGACUUGUA